AUGCUUUUCCGUCUCUACUCCUUCCUGCUCAUGGCCACCGUGGCCCUGGCCGUCGUAUAUCCAGGUGCCAAAAAGCCAUGUACAAACCCAUUGCCUCAAAGCAAAUGGAGUCAGUUAAUCCAGAAAAGCAUGAAAGCAUACCCGAAAGGCAACAAUCCCAAAAUCAACUUCAAGCCCCCCGCUUGGCAAGAAGACACGCUCAAGGGUAUCACCUUCUACGCCACGGGAGGAUGUCACGGUUCCGGCGCCGAUGCUGCAAUCUACGUUCCUCGAAAAGACUUCACUGGAGAUGGCUCCAAGCUGUGCUCUGGCUCCAAGAACAACGAUAAGGGCGGCAAGGAUGACCUCGAAGACAACGGCGCCAGUUUCACACUCGAUGGCAACAUUGCCUCCAACUGUCAACUUCACUUUUUCAGCGGCCUGGGCUGCAAUGACAAGGAUUGGCUGGGUUUUAUGUCGGCAGCGGAUCAGAAGGGCGGAUGCUCCACGGCAUCUAACUCCCAAGGAAAGGCGAUCACGGGCAUGCGUUCUUUCAACUAUGUGUGCGACAGCACGAGCAAGGAUGACAAAAGCUGA